UUGCGUUUUGUACCACAGGUAACCUGUUUAAUUCACAUGGUCUAGAGAGAAGAAAUCUAUGAAUACUAUUGUAAGCUAUUAGCACUAUUGAUUUACCCUCACCCACAUGAGCUGUUUCAGAUUAAAUAUAUCUUUGUAAGAAGAUACCUGCAGAUAUUCUUCCAUGUUUAUCAAUCAACUGCUACUGAAUAACAGAAUUAUAAACCCUCUUUUGUAGGUAGAUAAACAUAUAGCAUUUGAUAAUCCGAGGAAGCAUUAUCCAGUGUUCAGACUGUAACUAUUGAUUAUAUAAUAGAGAACAUCUUGAUGAUGCAUGUAGGAAACUCUGGACAAAGCAAAAGGAGAUAAUAGAAUUGGAAGUGGUGUCAAAUCGAAAAGCACUGAAAAGAAGAUGAAUGAGAGAUCCAGAAACCAUUACUUUGGAUUAAAUUAAAAAUAACAAAAAUGACAUAGAGAGAGUUUUAUUUUUGGUUUCUUGAUGCAUAAAAAACGUAACAGUUUAAGGGAAGAAGAAAUGUGAAAGAAGUAUUAGAUUAAGAGUCUUUGUACUACUAUUUCAGGUACUUUUAUGACCGUUUGUUUGAUCAAUUCGUUGUAGGCCAUAUAUGAUUUUACCACUCAAGUGAGUCAAGGCUAGAGAUUAGAUCAUUCACUACAUAUACAACACAUACAUGUACCUUACUUACAAAAAAAAGAAUCUGCUACAUUAUUGCCAAGUGUAGUACAAUCACUUAACGUUUGAAAUUUUGACCUUUUUUCUUUUCUUCUCAACGUUUUUCUUCUUCUAAUUAGCAUGUUUCUGACAUUUUCUAAUAGUAACUUACAAUAACUGAAAAUAUCUUUUGUAUUGAUAUUUAACAACCUCUUGAGUUAAUUUGGUUUAUAAUUAAAAAGAGUGUAUAUGUUGUUGCUAAAUGGUUGUUGCCCUUGUAUUGCAUUAAGCUACAAAUAAUAUUAUAUAUAUGAUUUGUUUGGGUUACAAUUCAAACAAUGGAUGAUGGAAUCUGAUCAGAGAAAUUUAGAAAUAAAAAGAGACAUGAAUAAUUGAAGACAAUGAAUAGUGAGACAUACUAUGCCCACUACUUUUGAAUAGUCUUUCCUUAUAAGCUUUUUAUUAAACAAUAUAUCUAAAGAGGAAAAUGAUUUGAAGUACUUGAUAGGUAAAAUUCAUGAACUAUUGAGUGAACAGUCAAGAAAUAUUGUGAGUUAUAGUUGAGACAGCCUGGACUAACUACACAUUGUGAAUGUCAUCUUGUGUGCUGCCUUUUGACCUCUUACAUAAAAUUCUUACCAUGUGUUGUUUUCUUCAAAGUUGAUGCUUGUAUCCAGUUAGUUUAGGAGCGAACAUGUGUUUAUUAAAGUUUCAUGGUCAAUGUUCUUUACAUAUUUCCUUAAGCCUCAUUUUGUUUUCUGUUUGUGAUUUUUAACAAAUCCUUUAAUGAAUAGAGUGUGUUGUUAAUACAGUGUCAGUUUUUGUUUGUUUGUAUAGAGACCAUUUAUAAUUAUCACAUGGUUAGAUUGAGAGAGAGAGAGAGAGAGAGAGAGAGACUCACUCCACAUAACCUGAGAGAGUCAAGGAGCUAAUGUAUUCACGAGAUUAGCACCAACAAAGACAAGUCCUUCAAAAUCGGUUCAAACAAAAAGUGCUUGAAUAAAGAAGAAACAUGUGUGUAUGGCCUUACAAAACCCAUCAAGUACUCUUUUUCUAAUCUGUGUCUACUCUUCUCUUACCAAUCUCAUGUUCCUGAGAGUCCCUACCUCUUUGUCUCUCACGACCCCACACGUGUCACUUUCAGUCACUUCCAUUUAUAAUUGCAUCUCUCACACACUCACUCACUCAAAACCUAUUUUGUAUUCUUUACUAGCUUUCUUCUUCUAACUCUUCACUCUUUUAUCAUACCUUGUUUAGCUUCUCAUUUGUUCACGUGUCUCUGUCUUGUCUUGUCCCAUAAUCCUUAAACCCUUCACUCAACACACUUAACAAAUUCUAAUUAACAUCAUUACAAAAUACUAAAAAAUUCUCAGUAUAAUAAUAUCACCAAAAACUCUUUCCUCUCUGUCUCUAUUACACAAUGAAGACUAAAAGAGCUUUACCCUCUCCUACCUCACUCCUCCUCCAUCUCCUGAUAACACCUCUCUUCCUCUGCGAAGCCAACACAGUCUCAAUGCCUCCUUCUGAGUCAGAGACUCUCUUCACAAUCAUGGACUCAAUGUCAUCAGAUCAACAAUGGCGCCGCUCUCACCCAAACCCCUGCGCACCUGGCUCAUCCUGGCCAGGGAUCGAAUGCAAAACCGGUCCAGACCGGUUACCUCACGUCUCAAGACUCGAUUUCGGCUCAGCUCCUAACCCGUCUUGUAAAUCCUCAGCUUCGUUCCCUCACCUGAUCUUCUCCCUCCCUUUUCUACAAUCAGUCUUCUUCUUCAACUGCUUCACUCACCUCCCAACCACAAUCAUCUUCCCCAUCAAGCUCCUCACCAACUCCUCUCUCCAACAGCUCAGCCUCAGAUCAAACCCUUCCCUCUCAGGUCAAAUCCCUCCUCUCAUCUCAUCCCUCACAUCCUUACAAAUCCUCACCCUCUCACAGAACAAACUAACCGGAGCCAUCCCUCCCGUUCUCUUCUCCUUAAAAAACCUCCUCCACCUCGACCUCAGCUACAACAAGCUCACAGGCACCAUCCCACUCCAACUAGGAAGCCUCAACAGCCUCCUCGGGCUAGACUUGAGCUACAACUCCUUAACGGGCCUCAUCCCCCACACAAUCUCCCAACUGGGCACGCUUCAAAAACUCGACUUGAGCUCGAACGCGCUCUCCGGAGCCAUCCCGCAAGGCCUCGAAAAGCUUCGGUCUUUAUCGUUUAUAGCGUUGAGCAACAACAGACUCAGAGGAGCUUUCCCGAAAGGAAUCUCGAAGCUCGAGAGCUUACAGUACUUCAUAAUGGAUAACAACCCGAUGCACGCGCCCCUCCCCGUCGAGCUGGGGCUCCUCCCGAAGCUUCAAGAGAUCCAGCUCGAGAACUCCGGAUACUCCGGCGUGAUCCCGGAGAGUUACACGAGGCUGAUGAAUCUCAGCUCGUUGUCUCUGGCCAACAACAAGUUAACGGGAGAGAUCCCUUCAGGGUUUGAUUCUCUGCCUCACGUUUUCCAUCUGAAUCUCAGCAGGAACUCGCUGAUCGGUGUGGUUCCGUUUGAUUCGAGUUUUUUGAGACGGUUGGGUAAGAAUUUGGAUUUGAGCGGGAACAGAGGGUUGUGUCUGAAUCCGGAGGAUGAGUUUAGUGUCGUUAAGACAGGAGUUGGUGUCUGCGGGAGGAAUGUUACUAGUGGUCCGUCGCCGAAGAUAUCUCAAGCGUCUACUUCUCGGUGUUGUUACGGAUCUUGCUUCUUGUCUAAUGCUCUGUUUCAGGUGGUUCUGUUUCUGGGAUUACGUCAUCAUCGGUAAUAAAAAGAAACAGAAUAAAGACAAUUUAAAUAUUAGGUCCCUGAAAAAGAGAGGAGAUUUGUGUUUGUUCCCAAAGUAGACGAUGGUUUCAAUGUAGUUAAUGUUGUUUUUUAGUUUAAAUAUUUUCAGAUUAUUAUUAAUAAAAUGUUCAAGUCAUUAUGGGUUUA